UGUUCCUUUUCCGGUCCUCGGAAUCAACAUGGCGAACUUGGAGCACGCCGAAGACGACCCACAACACGUGAAAAUGUCAGGCCAAAUUCCAGGCGCUUGUGCUCAAAAGACGGCGGUAGAACUGUCCACAGUAGUGGGGGGAUUUGUACCCGAGGUUUCCUGCUCUGUUCCGUCUUUCUCCGCCGCUUCCGAACUUUUGUCGGCGCCAUACUCGUGUCUGGUCAUGAACACCCACCGGAGACACGUCGCCCUGCCGCCCAGGUACCUGAACAAGAAGCGGUCUGGUCUGCGGGGGGAGCUGGAGGCCGAGCUGCUCAAGUACUCGCCACGCCUCGAAGGCGUACCCGUAGCUUAUGACGACUUACGGAUUGUGGGCCAGCAAGGAAGCAUUCAUGAUGACAGCGGCUACAUCCACAUGGACAUCCAGGCCAACUUCAUUAUAUUCCAACCUACCAAGGGACAAAGACUGCUGGGAAAGGUAAACAAACUGGGUGUGAGUCACGUGGGCUGCCUGGUGCACGGCUGCUUCAACGCCAGCAUCCCCCGGCCAAACCUGGUUCCCGUGGAAACCUGGAGGGAUGGGGGGCCCAGGAUUGGCGCUGAGCUGAAGUUCGAGGUGACUGCGCUUGAUGCUGACACUGCGGGAGUGCUGCUAAUAAGAGGAAGACUGAAGAGAGCGACGGUUCAAGAACUCUUGGCUAUGGCUGAGAACUCAGAAUUGGGUGUCUCUUUUAACCAACUUGAGCGACAAGAACCAGAACCUACUGAAGAAUCUACCGUGGAAGAUUCUCCCAAGAAGAAGAAGAAGAAGAAAAAGAAAAUAAAGGAAGAAGAAGAGGAACUAGUGCAACAUGACAACAAUGCCACUCCAGAGCCCAACAGAACCGAGGAUGAGGCAAACAGCAGCGAACUCGGUGAGAGGAAGAAGAAGAAGAAAAAGAAGAAAGAUAAAAUCAAAGAAGAAGCAACAGAAGAGGAAAUAAUGCAGUAUGACAGUAAUGUCACAUUAGAGCCCAACAGGACAGAGAUUGAUGUUAACUGCGGCAAACCUGGUAAGAAGAAGAAGAAAAAGGAGAAGAGAAUAAAAGAGGAGGAGGAGCAGGCUCAGAUUUCUCCCCCUGAGAUCCACGCCAGCGACUCCAGCGGUUACCUUAGUGACAAGCCCAGCAAAAAGAGGAAACACAAAACGGAGAGCGAAGAAGUCCUGCCGGGUUUGAGUCAAAGUUCACCAAAAUCCAAGAAGAGGAAAAGGGACGUUGUGUGAAGAAACACGCUCAGGAAACUUGUGAAAUGCCUUCACGACGAACAGCCAGGAGCAUCCCAGUAAUGCUAUUCCCUCUUUUGACCAGAUGGGGGCGCAAGACUGCAAGUAAAGACAUUUUUCAUGUGAGUAAAAAACAGUAACUCCCAUCUAACUUGAGCAAAACAAAACAAAAUCACGUCAUCACUGCCGGUCCAAAGAAGAGUUUUGAACAGUUUUCUAAGGACUAAUGUGAAAUGACCGGAUAGCCCUCAAAGAAUAUGCAAAAUAAAUAUAUACUGACAUUAAAAAAAACACGUUUAUUUCUCAUUAAUGCCCGAAAUCUGAUGACAAGAUAAUCUUCACAGUCUCAUGCUGACCUGUGAGUGUCAAGUGAUGAAGCGUCGAGAGACAGCCUAAAGAUGUUUUCUUUACCUCCUACCUCCGUGCGCACACACACAAAUCCUGCCUUUCAGCAGGGAGUCUAAUUAGUGGUGCGGCGCAAAGAGCUUAUCAGGAGCCGCCUAAACAGGAGAGAUAAGAAGACGCACUUAAAUCGCCGCCUCUUCAUCCUUCACUCCUGAUCAUCGCGUUGCCACUAUGAGCCAACACUUGAUGUUCCUUUCAAUUCCAUGAUAUCUUAAUCACCCAUUGUCACACAAGUAAACAUCCAUCCAUCCAUCCAUCUUCUUCCGCUUAUCCGAGGUCGGGUCGCGGGGGCAGCAGCCUAAGCAGGGAAGCCCAGACUUCCCUUUCCCCAGCCACUUCGUCCAGCUCCUCCCGGGGGAUCCCGAGG